UCACAGUCAGACAGACAAAACAAUGAGCAUGAUGGAGGGACAAACAGUUGACAUCAUUGUUCGAGAAAGAUCAGCCUGUUGGCAGAGUCCCCAUGCAAGUAGCCGGGCUGGAUGGGAUGGGAUGGGGCAGAAAGACCUAUAAAUGCAGUUUGCGAGAGCACAGCUGCACCAAUCUGAAACCAAGUCAGACCAAGACUCCCAUUACAUUCUCAGCUAUCCAGGAAUCUCGCUAUGGAUAUUCCCAUCCAGUACCCCUGGUACCGUCGGGCACUCCCAAGCCGCCUCUCUGACCUCUCUUUGACAGAACCUCUCACUGACUGGCCGAUGAUGUGGCCCUUCUCCUGGUCCUUCCCAUGGAUACGCCCUUCGUUCAUGCGCUGGAUGAACUGGCCUGAAAAUGGACACAGUGAGAUGCGAAUGGAAAAGGAUCGCUAUGUAAUUUACCUGGAUGUGAAGCAUUUCUCCCCUGACGAGCUGUCUGUCAAUGUCAGCGACGAGUUCGUUACAGUGCACGCCAAACAUGAGGAAAGACAGGAUGAUCACGGCUUCGUGUCGAGAGAGUUCCUGAGGAAGUACAAGCUCCCGGCUGGGAUAACCGGGGCUGAAGUCACCUCCAGCCUGUCAUUCGACGGCGUGCUGACAAUCACUGCACCUCGCUCACCUCCCGGACAAGAGCGCAGCAUUCCUAUUUCCGUUGACGACGGAACACAGAAACCCAAAAUGUAGAGCAACGUCUGGCGACACCCCCGACACAGCUCUACUACUAAUCCCACAUGCUACCUAUCUCUAUAUUUAACCUGCUAUGUUGGCAUUUCAGUACACGUGUAGGUCAGACAUCUAUGUCUGGAAGUGCAAGUGCCCUCUAGUAAACCAGUUAGCUCUUAACAUACGAUCACUGACACUUGAGCAAGGCAGUGGUGCCCUAUGACCACUGGCUAAAAUACUGAGCUUAUGCAACAACAGUUGACAGAAUUUUACUGCGACUGAAUUUUUGUAGACACAUUGAGAAGAUUUCCAAGAUGUAAUGGCCUUAAGAAUCAAUUUUCCUAUCACAAGGCCUAUCCUUUUUCUCAUCAUGAAUUUGAACUUUGAAUUGCUCGUUCAAAUUCUCCAACCAAAUAUAGCUGAAAAUUAACGGUCUUAAAUUGUCAAACAGAACUGCGGCUAGAGUUCACAGUUCUGAGUGAUGGGAUGUGAGUUAGGUACCACCUCUGCUCUGGGAGGACAGUGUUUCUGUAUGUGUGAGGAGGAGGUUCCAUGGGGGCAUUUACUGUCACUUUUUAUUCGUUGGGGGUCACAGAGGGGGCUGGGUGUGUGCUCUGGAGCAGCGGCUGUAGAGGAGGAGCGAGCCGGAGGAACAGCAUUAUGGAGGAGCACAGGAGAUGAUGUUACGAGACAAUUUUUAUCUGUGGGUUCCUCUUUUACGGGGGAGCGUGACUUCUGAGCUGCUAAGAUACUGCAUGUGAGUGAGUGCAUCUGUACUUGUAUGUGCAAGAACUAUCAUCAUUCCUAUUAAAUUAGCAAUGACCCUCUGGCAUAUUAACACGGAUAACAAUAAAUAGAAUAAAUGUUAAAA